UACAGGAAGUGCGAGCAGAGGUCCUCCAACUGUUUCAGGAUUCAUGGAUCUCUCAGGGAUUUUUUUCUUCAUUUACACCGCUGUCUUCCGUGUCUAAACAAAAUACAACAGGGCUUUCCCCAGCUAGCGCCGGCCAUGUCGGAGACCUACGAUUUCUUGUUCAAGUUUCUGGUGAUUGGGAACGCAGGGACUGGGAAGUCAUGUCUACUUCACCAGUUUAUAGAAAAGAAAUUCAAAGAUGACUCAAACCACACCAUAGGCGUGGAGUUUGGAUCGAAAAUAAUCAACGUGGUCAAUAAAUUUGUCAAGCUCCAAAUCUGGGACACUGCGGGCCAGGAAAGAUUCAGGUCAGUGACACGGAGCUACUACAGAGGAGCAGCAGGGGCCCUCCUUGUGUAUGACAUCACCAGUCGGGAAACCUACAAUGCUCUGACCAACUGGCUGACAGAUGCCAGAAUGCUGGCCAGUCAAAACAUCGUCAUCAUUCUGUGUGGUAACAAGAAGGACCUGGAUGCAGACAGGGAGGUCACCUUCCUGGAGGCUUCACGCUUUGCGCAAGAGAACGAACUGAUGUUCCUGGAAACCAGUGCUCUGACGGGGGAGAAUGUGGAGGAGGCCUUUGUGCAGUGUGCAAGGAAAAUCCUCAACAAAAUUGAUUCAGGAGAGCUGGACCCAGAGCGAAUGGGCUCAGGAAUCCAGUAUGGAGAUGCGACCUUGCGGCAGCUGCGCUCACCCCGCCGGGCCCAGGCUCAGAGUGCCCAGGAGUGUGGCUGUUAGCGAGCGUGUCUCAGCGUGUCAAGAACGCAGGUGAGGAGCAUCAGACAGGUGUGGUGAGACGAGGAGGACAGCUGCGGGGAACGUGAAGUUUAGCCCACCAAGAUGGAGCAACCUUUCCCUGACCUUCCUUUCCCUGCCACAUGGAGGUGCUGUCAGUGAAA